AUGUUUACCAGUUCUCUAGUACCCAAACUGUACUUGGAGAGGCGGCUGGUGUGGCGCGGGACCAGGGUGCUGCGCCACUCGCUGCAGUUCGGCGCGGUGAUGCUGAGCUGGUUCACGGCCCUCUCGCGCGUCUCCGACUACAAGCACCAUUGGAGCGACGUCCUCGCCGGCUACUUCCUAGGGCUCGCGAUCGCCGUCCUAGUGUGGACAUGGGGCACGGAUAUUAUUCCUCAGAAGAAGAAGCACUCUGCACUCACUCAACACGAUGUUACCUUGCUGACGCAUCAACAGACUUUAUCCUUA